AUGACUAUCUAUUAUACCCGGUUUGUCCUCGAUUUCCCUUACUCUUUUACCAUCUUUUUCAUUAUGCAUAUAUACCAGUUUGUUCAUCAGCUUGAGUUGCUCAAACACUCUGCAAACUAUACCCCAAUAUUCUCCAAAAUUUCUUUUCAUACGCCCCCUUCAUCAAUUUGUGGGAGUCGGCGCCUGGGAGCCGAUGAGGAUGGGAAAACUGGUGAAGAUCUAAAGAUCACAGGUGAGAGGCACAUACGGUAUUCGGAUCGUCCAGCCUGGAUAAGAAUGGUUAGUAGUAUUACUUCGUUUGUCUUCACCCUAAAGCUUGAGUCCGUAUUCUUCGACGUCUCCCCUACAUCUUGCAAGGAUCCGUUCCGAAGCAUAAUGUGUCCUUUCAAAUCCGAUGGGACAGCUAGGGGAUCUUCCCACGUCGGCUGGCUACCUGCACUGACUGAUCAGUUUUUCAGUUUUCUAUGGAAUCUCCACGAGUUAGUACUAUUGGCUCUCCCAGUUGUUCCAUUAGUUCCUAUGUCCAAAUCCCAAAGGCAGUCAAUUCAAUCCAAAAGUCUCGCUCCUGAAUUAAAGAAUGGGUAUUCAGCCUCCUCUCUUAUGUCGUUUCAUGCCCUCGCCAAUAGGAAGGGCUCCUGUCAAAGAGAGUGCGUUCUCAGUUUCAAGCCACUAUCUGUCUCAUCGAGCAUAGGAAGAGGUGCUCAGCAGGAUGAACCAACCAUCUUAUCUCGCCCCUGGCAUACCUACCUAGAAAUCCUAGAAAAUUGUUACAAUUUCCCCAAUCAACUUCAAAAUUAUAUUUUGCAGCAUUUCACCUCAUCUCUCCCCUCACUUAUGACACACGGUGGGCUGCGCGAACGCGAAAUGCGAUUGGGUGGGACUCGCUCAACUUUCAAAUAUAUCAAUGUCACCAUCGAUGCCUACCGUCCAAACUAUAAAACCACUCCUCUUGCCAAGCGAUUAGAGCAGACAAUCAAUAUGCUCGCGAAAGCCCGCCGGAAUACAAGAGAGGAUCUUAAUAUAAUCCUCACAAAUACGAAAACUUAG